AUGACAAGCGACACCAGUUCGUCGUCGUCUUGCUUUAUGAUGUGCUGGUGCGGAGCUUUGGCUUAUUCUGCUACUUUAGGCGGGGCCAUAGAAGCCUGUCCUCCUGCGGCCAAUUUUGUUGGAUUGACGAGUGAAAUGGUUAUUCUACCCUCUGGAAAAGUGAGGAUGCUCGUCUGCGGGGACCAUUUGCAUGCAGGUGACCAAUUUUCAGCCUGGGGUCUGUCAGGUGAAUGCCUUAUGUCAACAGAAUUUAUUUACCAUCAUUUCCACAAUCAAUCUCCCCUUUCAGCGGCUUACCCAAGCGUCUCUUAUUCCGCCACAUUUCUAUUAAUUUCAUUAGUUUUACACAUUUGCACUAUUUGUUAA